AUGGACCCGGCAUCCUCGUCGUCCCGGUCAUCUUCCACCCCGCACACUCCUCGAUCUCAGGUAACUAGCGACGGCUCGCAAACUUCGCAAAGCAUGUCGGAUGCUCGAUCAUCUUCCUCCCGCAAACGGGCGCCUCAACCUGCGCGGUCCAGGCUGAGCCGUCCAUUUCGCUCUCCAGUCAAGAAGGACAAUCCAGAGGAGCCCUCCAGUCCGGCGCCGACAGCAAGUACAUCGAAGGCAACGCUGCCUUGUAACCAGUCUCAGGAGUCGUCAAGGUCGACAUCAUCAUCCUCCGUGGCAAUGAGGAAGCAACGUCAGGCGCUCGAAGCUAGACUGCUGCUCUUGCAACAGGCCAACAAGUGCCUGCGCGAAGACUUGCUCUCGACGCUGCCCAAGGAGAUUGCACGGUGGCGCGAAGCAGGGCAGCUGGCAGCGCAAGAUCUGUGGAAGAUCACGGGUGCCGACGGCGGAGACUGGUCCAGUCUCGCAGGCGCAUCGACACGCGAGGAUCACGUGCUCGAGCCGUCGCCGCCGCCUUCCCCGAACGCUCUCAAACGCAAAGCGAGAGACUCUCCGGAGCCUCAUAAUCCUCUGCUCCUGCGUAGAAAUCGCAUCGGCUCACCUGGCGCAGAAGAGCAAGCAGCCGCGCUGCGAACUUUGGUGGACGAGACGGGCUCGGCUCAAGGCGUCGACAGCCAGGGCGCCGACUCGGAGAUCUCCCUACCCGACCUCUCGGAGCUCUUGCGCCGGUCUCAGACCGCAAUCGGAGCACGCACAGGAAAAAGGCAGCAUGCUUCGCCGUUUGGCGAAAGCGAUCGCACAUGGUCAGCACCAGCAGCAGCGUCGGCGUCCGGUGCAUUGCCCGAGCGUGGCUCUGGGAUCGAGAGCAAAUGGAACAUCGGCACUAUGCUCGACAUGCUCGGCGCUGACAAGUCUACGCUCGGCUGGAACGUCGAGGAAGAGCAAUUCGCCGACUCUCACAACGCUUCCUGA